CGACUUCCUUAAGGCCCAGGACACAGCUCCACGCAUGCUCAGAAUUAACUCGGGGCGAUCUCACACACACGUGCUUACGGCCCGCCGCGGCGCCUGCGCGGUAGUAGCCUGGUGUCGGUGCCUUUAGGACGCCUCUCGCACUUUGGCUCCCGCUGUCCGCGCGAGUCGGUUUGUGCCCAGUGUCCUGUGCACACGCCUUGUAAGCGACGGCGCCAUGAGUCUGACCUCCAGUUCCAGCAUACGAGUUGAAUGGAUCGCAGCAGUUACCAUUGCUGCUGGAACAGCUGCAAUCGGUUAUCUAGCUUACAAAAGAUUCUAUGUUAAAGAUCAUCGCAAUAAAGCAAUGGUAAACCUUCACAUCCAGAAAGACAACCCCAAGGUAGUACAUGCUUUUGACAUGGAGGAUUUGGGAGACAAAGCUGUGUACUGCCGUUGUUGGAGAUCCAAAAAGUUCCCAUUCUGUGAUGGGGCUCACACAAAACACAACGAGGAGACUGGAGACAAUGUGGGGCCUCUGAUCAUCAAGAAAAAAGAAACUUAAGUGGACAGUUUUGAUGCUGCAAACCAACUUGUCAUGAUGUUACCUGAUUGUUUAAUUAGAAUGACUACCACUUCUGUCUAAUUCACCUCCCCGGGUUCUAGAUGUGGUAUAUUGCAAACUAGAGCUUUCAUAUUCAUGGCAUUUGCCUUACUUGUUGAAACAUUGUGGUGCACAUUUGUUUAAACAAAAAAAGGAAAAUGUAAAAAUCAACCUCAUGGCCUGUGGGUUAUUUUGGUCUUGUAAGGAUCCGUUUCUUAAAAUUCCGACAUUAGAAUAUAGUUGUAUCUUGAAGUCAACGUAUUAAAUUAUUCUGAAAAUCA